UCAGGUAACUAGCCACUCUCUGACAAAUCCGUUACACGCUGCUACUACGCUUCGCUGUUUUCUCAUUAAAAGCGCCUCCUCCUUAUUUAACCUGCUUAAUAAGCGAAACCCAAUUUGCGGAAAACAAAAGCUCCGCAGAGAUCUGCAAUGCUGAAGCAGUGUCCCAGGUAAUGGCCCAAGGUGAAGGCGGGAGAGAGCGCGCCAACUCUAUCAUCAACCGCCUGCAAGAGCGCCAAAAAGAAGGCGGAGCCGUGGGGUGCUUACUGAUUGGUUCUUGUAACCGAAGGUUCGUGUGAUUGGCGGAAUGACUGUGGGACUUCACAGGGCGCCAGAAUAGAAGCUGCAGUGGGCUGUGGAAUCCAGUAAAGUUUGCGAUGAGAUCUGGGAAGCUUUCGAAGGGAAAAAUCAUUUAUCUUUACGCGCGCUGUGUAGUAUCGGUCAGCGCAUUCCACAAACUGGCGCUUGAUUAGACCAACUGGGUGUGAUCGCUGGCGGCUUCAUUUUAGAAUUGAACUUCUAUGGGAGAGAUGGAGCUAACCAGCUGUUUAACCCUCAAAGAUCUGAUCAGCACGAAAAAGCCCAAACCAGACCCAGUGGCAGAUGGAAGAAGCGCCCAUAAAGAGAAUAUGUUCAAUCGGUUCAAGACCAGCCCAAGGUUACCGUUAAGAAACGAGCCAAUUGAUUUAUCGAAGCAAAAGGGUGUUACCCCAGAAAGAAUUCCAGUCACGCCUGUGAAAGUGACUGAGAGGCCUCAAGCCGAUCCUUGGACCCCCACAGCCAAUCUGAAGAUGCUAAUAAGUGCUGCCAGCCCAGAAAUCAGGGACAGAGAAAAGAAAAAAGAGCUCUUCCGCCCCAUUGAAAAUGAUGGCUUAGAGGAAACCGAUACUGAUUUACAACUGAUGGAUAGUGUUGAUGAUAUUGAUGACUUAGAAAAGAGGCCUAGCAGAAAGCAAAAAAGUUUGGGUCUCUUGUGCCAAAAGUUUUUGGCCCGCUAUCCCAGCUACCCUAUUUCAACUGAAAAAAUGACCAUAUCUUUGGAUGAAGCAGCUUCUAGCCUUGGGGUGGAACGAAGGCGUAUUUAUGAUAUUGUCAAUGUACUAGAAUCUCUGCAUCUAGUCAGCCGAGUGGCCAAAAAUCAAUACUGUUGGCAUGGACAACAUAACUUGAAUGAGACGCUAAAUAACUUACAACGAGUAGGAGAAAAACAGAAUUACAGAGCACAUAUAGCCUGCUUUCACUUUAAAAACAUGAAUAUGGAAUAUAAGUAUGAUGAACAGAAGAAAAGCUGUCACGUGGAUCAGCAGACUACCUCUUUAAUAGAACUGUCUGAAGCUGACUGUCCUUCAGUAUCGUCAAGCAGCCGCAAGGACAAGUCUUUGCGUAUCAUGAGUCAGAAGUUUGUCAUGCUGUUUCUUGUAUCUACAACUAAGAUAAUCACUCUGGAGAUUGCUGCCAAGAUCUUAAUUGAAGAGAGCCAGGAUGCUGCUGACCACAGCAAAUUUAAAACAAAAGUUCGACGGCUGUAUGACAUUGCCAAUGUGCUGACUAGUCUGGGACUAAUAAAGAAAGUGCAUGUCACAGAUGAGAGAGGACGAAAACCUGCCUUUAAAUGGAUUGGCCCUGUUGACUUCAGUGUGGGUUUUGAAGACCAGAAAAUGGAAGUAACAACAACUACCCCAUCGCCAGAUUCCAAAAGAGAUUUAUGUAGCUCAUCUCCAGCAUCAGACCAAGUCAAACAGAGACUGUUACGACACUCCUCUUUCAACAUAGUUCAGUCCUUAACCACUGUAAAGAGGAAAGUUUGCUCUCAGCCAUGCAGUCCACAAAAACCUGAAGGUGUUGAAAGCAGUGACGGUUAUGCAUCAAAGAUGGCCCAUUUGGCAACUAUAUGUAAACAGAAGGCUGAAGAAGAUUCAAAGCAUAUUCGAUCUACUUCAAGGAAUGGAAACAUAAAUGCUGCACUACCAUUCUCUGUUGUUCCAGUGAAUUCUGAUUAUUGUGUAAAACCUGUAGUCCACGAAGUACCUCACAAAAUGGUCCAUGAGUCAUUAAGCAUAGUGCCUCCUUCCCAGUCCCAUGAAGAGUGCACCAAACAUGGUUUUGUCCCUAACCAGCCAUACAUGUAUCUUCCAUCAAAUUCAGUCAUUAUGCUGUGUGGAAACCUAUCAGAAAGAAAAGCCAGUGAUCAGCAGACUAAGAGUUUACAUCCAGUUCCAGACUCUCCUACAUCAGAAGAAACCAGUGGAACAUCCAAGCAAGAAAGGGCAACAAAACGGCAACAUACUGACAAAGAUGAUGCACCUCUGUCUCUAGUCUUACCAAAGGUGGCAUAUUUUGAUGGACAAUUAAGUCGUGCGUCACCGUUCUGUGUUUUCCCCUACAUGGACUUAAAAAACAAUGAUGCCAAUCCUGCAUGUAGCGAGACAGAUUACCGAAAGGAGAAAUCAAGAGUGGAUGAUACCCAGUCUCUAUGGAAAACGGUCUGUAAGAUCAGUACACCAGAGCAGUUGCACCAUGAUUCCAAUGGGGAAGAGUACAACACAGAACCAGCCGCCAAGCACAGUAAUUUGGGAGACAGAAGUGAACAAGUUGGUAGCAGACUACUGCCUUCCGAACAUGUUAAUGUGCAGUCUGCUGUGCCACCACAGCUUUUCUAUGUUCCCGCAACAGCAGGUCUCAAUAGCUUCAAUUUCUUACUGCCUGCAAAUCAUUCUGUUGGUCUUUCUCCAAGUCAGUUAGCAUCCCUUAACGUUCCCUAUGUGAUGGUACCAUCUUCAGCAUUGACCGCAUUCCCUUUUAUUUGCUCUCCUGCUGUGCCUUCUGGUGCCAGUGGCUCCACUUCAAAUGGAGGCAUGAAUUUCAGCCAAAUUGGCACAUCAUCAACCCCUCGUUGUGCGACUGGUGCCUCACAGAUGGCUGUUGUAGAUCAGGCAAAUAAUUCUUCCCCACUGAGUGCGAGCCCUGGAUCAGGAAUGUGUGGCAGUUCUAAAACAGACGCCAAUGACUGUUUGAGUCAGUCACUACACAAUGCAAAAUCUCAUAAGUCACCAACACCUUUGACUCCAAAAAGCGUUCGUCCACUUCACAAAGAUGCCUUCUUCAAAACUCCAGGAAGUUUAGAUGUGUCCUCUUCCAGGAAACCACAAAGGACCCAAACCAGAUCUUCCAGCUCUGCACAAAGAAAACUGGACAUAGACAGCAGUGCAGGCAACUAGGGGGUUGCAACACACCACCACUUGAGAAUAAAGGCAAACUACGGUUUUGUGUAGGCUUACACAAAUACACAUCCAUAGCUAGAGAUACUUUUAUUUGCUUUUUUAAAAUACUAACAACAGAUGAGCCUGCAAUCACUGGUUAAAACUAACCGUUGUGAUCUGACAGAAGAACAAAAUAUUACAAGCACUUAAAAGACUUGUUUUCAUGGUCAUUUGUGGCUGUUUCAGUCUGUGUUUACAAGCCUGAUUGCUUGAUGUGAAGUGAGUUGGGACUUAAUGGCUGGUACCCAUUCCAUCCUACAGUGCCUUGAAUAUGGAUGUAUCCGCCUGGAAACCAACUCCAGAGACUUGAUAUCGCCACGCGUUAAGUGGUAACAUAGACGUCCUACUUGAAUAUAAAUGUAUUAUCAUUUUUAGUAGCAGCCCUCAUGAAUUGAAGGGUAUUUUAGUGUUAAAGAAUGUACCUUACUUUGAACAUUAAGACCAAAUUAACUGUGAAUCAUAUUCUAUAUUUUUAUAGAAUAAGGUGUUUACAUGUAACGAAGCUGUCUCGUAAUAUUUCUAAUCAUUUUGGUUUUGCCAUAUUUUGAUGGCUUAUUGUGUAUUUUUAAAUUGAGAAUGCUAACCUAAAAUUCCGCGGUUCAUUGCGUCCUAAAUAUAUAAUGAGUUAUUAAUUGUUUAUUGUAUUUAAACGGCCAUUUUAAAAUAUUUCUUUUGUAUGUAUGUCGGAACUAAAAUAGGCAACUCAUUUGGUAUGGUUUCAACUUUAUGUAUGAGAUUUACAUAAGACAAAGACCAUUUUAAACUGUCUGUAAAGAGGUGUUGCUUGUCCUCUGAGAUUUUGGAAAAUAUGAACCACUUCAUCGUAGUUUUUUAAAAAAAAAAAAAGACACUACAGUAGCACUCUUGUUCAUGUUCUGGUCUUUCAUUUUUCUGGUUGUCUUUACCCAUGUGAUACUUUUCAGAAUUCCAUUCCUUGUAAUAUUUAUGUUCUAUGGCUUUGUUGUACCAGAUUCUGUCACUAGUAGGCAAUGUGUUAUUUUUGCACUGAUAAUGCUGUAAUAAUUAUGCACUAGGAUUCUAUUCGCUUAAACUGCUAGCCUCGGCAACACGUGUUAACAGGGUUUCUUUAAAUACUUGAAUGUAUCUACCAUGUUUACAUUCUCAACAGUCUCCUCUAAAGGAAAUGGUGCUAUUUUUUUUGUAUUUUAUCCAGAGCUAUUUAGUAUGAUAUUGCACUGCUAGUAUAUACAUGUUGUUUUUGUACUGCUGCUUGAGGGUUUUUCUAAUGUUCACAUUAUCCCCGCAGUUUUGCUAUGCUCAAUAAAGACAACCACAAAAAAAAAA